AUGGCCACCCGGCUGCCUGUGGCUGCUGACAAGUACUACCCUGCCGAUCCAAGCGCGCUGCGGGCGCAGCUGGAUGCCUGCCUGGCGCGCCCGGCACCCCCCGUGGCGGGCCCGCACCUCCAGCCGGCGCCCGGCACGCGGCGGCAGAGCCUGCGCGGCCUGAUUGUGCCACACGGCUCGCUGCAAGACAGCGGCAUGGUGGCGGCCGCCGCCUACUCCCUUCUGGCUGCCGGGCUGAGCUCCCUGCAGAGCGUGCCACAUCAGGCCCCUGGUGCAUCCCCCUCCUCCUCCUCCCCCUCCCCUGCUGCCGAUUCCCUCGGCCCCCACACUCCUGUGCUCAUCCUGGGGACCAACCACUUCACAGCCCUGCCGCCGGCCUGCCUGUCGAGUGCGGCGGCCUGGCGCACGCCGCUGGGCGCCGCGCCGCUGGAGCCGGAGCUGUGCCGACAGCUGGCGGCAGCCGGCCUGCCGCUCGACGACGCGCCACACAAUUUGGAGCACUCGAUCGAAAACCAGCUGCCUUUCCUGCAGCACGUGCUGGGCAGCCCGGGGCCCAGCCCCGGGGCGCGCCCCUUUGCCAUCGCGCCCGUGUGCGUGGGCUGGCUGGGCAGCGAGGCAGCGGCGGGCCGGCUGGCGCGGCAGCUGGCGGCGGCGGUGGCCCGGUACGAGCAGCGGCGGCAGCGGCAGGUGCUGCUCAUCGCCACCUCAGACUUUACCCACGGGGGCCCCAGCUACGGCGAGGCCCCCGCGGCACCCUGGAUGAGCCUGCGGGAGCACUGCGUGUGGCGCGACUCCCCGCUGCUGCACGCCAUCUGCGGCGGCAGCCCCCGCGGCUUCCUGCAGGCCUGCGAUUUGGUGGGAGCCUCGCUGUGCGGGCGGUGGCCUGUGGCAGUGUUCAUGCAGGUGGCACAGGACCUGGGCUGGUCUCUGGAGCUGCUGGCCUAUGCGCCCAGCGAUCUGUACGUGAGCACCGGCGACAUCAACGGCUUCGCCGCCUUUUCUGCCUGGGAGUAA